AUGCUGCAAGCCGGUCCUGAUUUGAGUGAUUUUCUUUUACAAUGGCUUCAAAUCCAUGUUGGUUCUCAUACCUUCCAUGCACAUCGCAAUGUCCUGGCAGCAGGCAGUCCUUAUUUCAAUGCCAUGUUUGCUAGCACUUUGGUUGAGAAUGAACAAAAGGUAAUCACACUUCAUGAAAUACAUCCAGACAUUUUUCAAAGUCUUCUUAAUUUUUUUUACACUGGUCAGAUUGAAGUUAAUUCAGAAACCUGUCAAGAAUUGAUGUCUGCAGCUGACAUGUUUAAUGUGUCCGAGGUGCUUGUCUUCUGCUGUGAAUUUCUAAAGCAGCAACUCACUGUUGAAAACUGUAUCGGCAUUUAUAUCUUUGCUGAGGCUCAUGCUUGGGAAGAUGUCUUGGAGGCGGCCGAACGUUUCAUAUACAGCAACUUUGAGGAGGUUGGUCAGUCAACAGAAUUUCUUGAUCUUCCCAAAGAGACAUUGAUCCAUUUUUUGAACAGUGAGCACCUUCAUGUGAAGACUGAGUUACAAGUUCUUUAUAUCGCACUUAGAUGGCUUCUUCACGAUAUUUCAGCCAGACGCAUUCAUCUCUUUGAUGUUCUCUCACCUGUAAGAUUCACUUUAAUUCCGCAGAAUCAGCUGCGUAGCUACCUCCGCGAUUCCAUUGAUUCUAUUGAUCUGGAACUGGAAAAAGCUCUGAGAGUCUUUUAUCAUAAAGUUUAUUCAAAACGAACCAAAACUCAUCCACGGCUACAAACACAGAAAAACAUUUACAUUAUUGGUGGUUUCUCUCGCCUACAAGGCAAACGUUGGGCUGAUGGAGAAACCCUCUGUAGUGUCGAGAAAUUUGACACUUUUGAAAUUCAGUGGAAAAAGAUGCCUGAAAUUGAAGAUGCUCGAAGUGGACAUGGAACUGCUGUGUUGAACCAGAAAAUCUAUGUUGCUGGCGGUGAACGUGACUCAUUAAUCUGUGAUACUGUAGAGUGUUUUGAUCCAACAAAUUGCACGUGGAAGAAUGUGGCAUGUAUGAACUUUCCUCGUUGCAAUUUGACUCUGUGUGCUGAUAGACAACAUUUGUAUGCCAUUGGUGGCUGGAUUGGAAGUGAACUGGGAGCCACUAUAGAAAAAUAUGACCCAGCUAUUGACCAGUGGGCAGUAUGUGGCCGAGUUAACACCUUACGUUAUGCAAUGGGAGCUGUUGAACAUGAAGAAGGUUUGUUUUAUCUGAUUGGUGGUGCUGACCAUCUGGGUAUUGAACUCAAGACCACAGAGUGUUACAACCCUGUCACAAAAGAAUGGUGCAGAUUAAGUGACAUGCCUACACGUCGCAGUCAUGUUGCUCUUGCUGUUAUUGAUGAAUACAUUUAUGCAGUUGGAGGUAGCAAUGAGCAUCAGGGGGCCUUGAAUGUGGUAGAAAAAUAUUGCAUUGACACUGAUACUUGGACAAGUAUACCUCCAAUGUGUUCACCACGGGCAGGUGCCAGUGUUGUUGCUAUCGAUGGUAUUCUUUAUGUUUUUGGAGGGUGGUAUACUGAAAAUCAUUCACUUGGUCAGUAUGUCGCCCCAACCACACUCUAUUCAUGUGAAUGUUAUAAUCCUCAGACUACCAAAUGGACCUCUGGCCCUUCCAUGUGGACAAGUCGCUGUGAUGCUGGCAUUGCUACUGACAGUGUAACGGUUCUCUGCCAAUCCCUUGCUCUGACAUACAUUUGCAAAACCAUUUUAAAACAAUAUCUCCUCUUCCUUUUAAACUCACAUGCAAUUCUAUCCAAGUCUGGUGCUUUCCCAUUUUUCAUCUCCCUUAUUUUUUCUUCUUCUUUUCUUCUAGUUUUCUUCGUAAUAGUAGUAAUCUUUUUCUUCGUGUUCUUUUGUUCUUCAUUUUCUUUAAACUCUUUUAAUCUUCUAAGUAUUCUUCUUCUUCUUCUUGGAGCAUUUGUCUUCUUCUUCGCAGUCUUUUUUGUAGCAUUUCUUCUUCUUCUUUUAUUUCUUCUUCUUAGUUUUCAUAGUCAUCCUGUUCUUCUUCGCAGUCUUUUUUUCUUCGUAUUUUUCUACAUCAUAGUUUUAUUCUACUUCUUCGUGGUCUCUUCUCCUUCAACUUCGUAUACUUCUUCGUCUCAUUCUUCGUUUCUCCGUUUAUUCUUCUUUUUCGUAAUAUUCUUCUUUGUAGUUUUCUACUCUGUAGCCUUCUUCUUCUUCUUCUUCUUCUUCUUCACAGUUUUCUUCUUCGUAUUCUUCUUCUUAAUCUUAUUCUUCGCAGUCUUUGUAUUCUUCUUCGUCGUCUUCUCCUUCGUAGUCUACUUUGCAACCCUUUUCUUCAUAUUCUUUCUUCGGAGUUUUUAUAUUCUUCUUCUCUUUUAUAUUUCUCUUCUUCGUAAUAUUCUUCACAGUCUUCUUUUUCGUAUUCUAUAUCUUCGUAGUCUUUCAUUUUUUCGUAUCUUCUUCGUAGUCUUCUUCUUUGUAUUUUUUUUUCGCAUUUUUUUCGUUCAUAGUCAUCUUCUCAGUUUUCUUCCUCGUAGUUUUCUUCUUUACAGUAUUUUCUUCUUCAUCUUCUUCUUUGUAGUUUUUCUUCGUGGUCUUUAUAUUCUUCUUUCUCUUCUUCUUUUUCUUCAUAGUCUUUUUCGUAGUCUUCAUUUUCUUCUUCGUAGUCUUUUCUUUCUUCCUCUUCGUAGUCUUUUCUUUCUUCCUCUUCGUAGUCUUUUCUUUCUUCCUCUUCGUAGUCUUUUUCUUCUUCUUCGUAGUCUUUUUCUUCUUACUCUUCUUCUUCGAAUUCUGUGUAUCCUUCUUCGACUUUGUAGUCUUCUCCUUCCUAACCUUCAUCGCAGCAUUCAUGUACUCUUCGUCUUCGUAAUCUUCUUCGUAAUCACUUUCGCAGACUUCUUCUUCUUCUUCUUCUUCUUCUUCUUCUUCUUCUUCUUCUUCUUCGUCUGUCACCAUUCACCCUCACCACACCUAAGCCUAAUACUGAUAUGUCCCCUUCCCUUAUUUUUUAAAUCUAUAAUCGACACAUGUAAGACUACCAAGCUGCGUUCUUACACGACUGUCAUUCUAAGGACGAACAGGCUACCCCAGCACUGUCUAUGCCGAUCCUCUCUCUUCUUAAACGCUGACGCGCUCACCACAAAAGGGGAACAUCCGGGGAUCAACUGGACCUCGAAUACCGCUGUUCCAUCUGCCUGUCUCCGAGCUGCUGCCUUGAACUCAAAAAUUAUCUUUCGAUUGGGACUCCCUGACUUCACGAUCGAACUAUACCAAACAAUUCCUGUACGUACAUUUGUCCAGAUCGACAAAUCCGACGUUUGUUAUUCUUAA